AUGAAAGAUGAACAUACAGCAUGCUGCCAUGUGCAGGAGGUACCUCAACGUGAACGAGACAAUCUACAGCAUGCGGCUGCUUUGGAGCUAGCUGGUUACGCUGCGAUCUUUGAGAAUGCGGAGCCCUACCUGCUCGACCUCUACGCUGCGAUUUGCCACGAUGCGUCUGAGCAACCCAGUAUUGAAAGUGCCAGGCAAUUCUGGGAGCACAUUCGAGCCCAGAACCCUUCGCCGCUGCCAGCACCAAACGUGAAGACACCGGCAACCCCUGCGACCCACCUGGCACUACAAGCUCCUCCGGGCCCGCGGCCAGCAGGAGCUCCAAGGCGUCCCUCUACGGCGUCUGCCUACAGCCAGACACCGAGGAUGCGAACGUCCGAGAAACAGUGGACAGCCGAGGACCGGCUUUCCUUCCGCAGCUUACGGAUGGGCGCUGCCGGGGCUUCUUGCUUGGCCCUGCAGCUUCGAGGAAAGAGUCUCACUCGACUGGACCUGAGCGACAACCAGUUGGGCGACAACUCUGCAGCAGCCAUCGCAAGCUUGAUCCAUGGCCUCCCACAGCUAAAGAGCAUCCUCCUGGCUGGCAACAUCCUGGGUCCAGCUGGUGUCAAGGAGAUUGCCAAUGCAGAGCUGCAGACCAACGAGAUGCUGGAGCAUUUGGCGCUCGGCGAACCCAGCCCUGGCUACAGCACCGUGAUCAAGCUUGCCCGCUCACGGCCGAACCACAUAACCACGGAAGGCUUGGAGUCACUUCUCUCCGCACUUAGCCGCUGCCCACACCGGCGCCUGGCUUCCCUCAGCCUGGGUCGUGUAGCGCUUCGCGCAGACGCCGGACAGAAACUCUCAGCAUUUCUGGAAGCAGACUCCGUCCUGACAAGUCUGGAUGUGUCUUCCAAUGCGCUGACGUCCGAGGGCAUCUCAAACCUGCUGCCCAGCUGCGUCAAGCUGCAGACGCUGGACAUUUCCGAAACUGGAUGUCGAGGAGAGCUCAUCCAUGGAAAGCUUUGUGACUUGUUACAGAAAGCUGACCGAUUGACCUCCCUCUCGAUCGCCCGCAACGUCUUGGAGCCUCGACCGAUGCGGCGGAUUGCUCGGAGCCUGUCCUCCUGCGCUUCGUUGCUGUGCCUGAACAUGGCCGGCACUGCCAUCGAGACAGAGGGCGUCAUAGCUCUGGCAGAUUGCCUGCUGAACUCGCAGAUGACAUGCUUGCGGGAGCUUGACUUGUCUGAGAAUGGCAUUUCAGAGGCUGAGGCAUUGGCAGGCCUGGCCAAGAUCAUUGCUGGCACGAUGCUGCAAACACUGCGCUUGAACAGAAAUCCAAUCGGCAAUGCAGGAGUCUGUCAGCUGGUGGAUGUGGUCGAUGCAGAAAGUUGUCCUCCAGAUGGCCCGCCCCUACGCACAUUAGAGCUGGGCAGCUGCCGCAUUGGGCGUCCUGGGGCAACCUUCCUUUUGAUUCGUUUGAGGGAAAAUCGGCGCUUGCUGUCUCUGCGGUUGUCAGAUAAUUUCUUGGACGACUCCCUGGACAUAGCUCUCAUCGAGGCUUUACGAUACAUUCAGUAUGUCCAGCUGGACAGCAACAGGUUGUCUCAUCGCAGCCUGGGCAGAGUCAGCAACUUGUGUGCCAAGAAUCGGUUCCGGGUACAGGAUAAGGAGCCUCGGGCCUUGCGCAAAGAAAUACGCCAUCUGCAGAGUCAAGAAGCGAAGCUUCGGGCACAUAAGCAUCAAGCUGCAAAGGAUUCUGCGGAAAUUUUUGUGAGAAUGAGUGCUGAGAACAUCGCGGCAGAGGAGCUCAGGCAGCUACGCCUCGGGAUUAUGAAGUCAGCGCGUCAGACGGAGCAAAAAGUUGCAACCGUCGAGAAGACGUUGGAAGAGCGGCGUGAGUACUUGAAGAAUAUCAAGGAAGCUCUGCAGCAGACGGCGCACCAGAAUGACUUGGCCGUGGCUGAAAAGAAGCACAUUCUUGAAGACAGGGAGGCAGAAUUGGCUGAGCUGCAAGCACGUCUUCGGGACGUAGAGGCGCAGCUAGCCAGGCGGCGUGCACAGCACCCGAAGCAGGUGGCGGCGACUUGGCUGAUUUUGCUUUCCUUUGGCGGCUUUGCCAGGAAGGACUGGCAUAAGGCUAGCAAGGUCAAACGAGUAAAGGCAAGUGAUGAUUGA